GUUCUUCAGAUCAUCAUGCCUGAACCAGCCAAAUCUGCUCCGAAGAAGGGAUCCAAGAAGGCCGUCACAAAGACCGCCGGUAAGGGAGGAAAGAAGCGCAGGAAGUCCAGGAAGGAGAGUUAUGCUAUCUACGUGUAUAAAGUCCUGAAACAGGUUCAUCCUGACACCGGGAUCUCUUCCAAGGCGAUGGGAAUCAUGAACUCUUUCGUCAACGACAUCUUCGAGCGCAUCGGCGGUGAAGCGUCUCGUCUCGCUCACUACAACAAGCGCUCCACCAUCACAUCGAGAGAGAUCCAGACCGCCGUGCGUCUGCUGCUGCCCGGUGAACUGGCCAAACACGCCGUGUCUGAGGGCACAAAGGCCGUCACCAAAUACACCAGCUCCAAGUAGAAGAACAUCCGGUUUCUCAACCAACCCAAAGGCUCUUUUAAGAGCCACACAUAUUCUCUGUUAAAGAGUUUUAUAAUUCUACUUCAAAUUAGUUUAUUAAUCAAACGGGUGAAUUAAUGAUUUGUGGUUGAAUGCCAUUGGCAUAAUAAAUAUUGUUAAAAAAAAAGUGAAGUUUAUUUUUGAAGAUCAUGUUCAACAGUCAAGAAACUACAGCUGUUGGAUAUUUCAACAAGACAUUGAUCCA